UGACAACUACGUCGAGCAGGCGGACAGUGCAGCUGCUGCUGCGCAUGUGAAGAAGUCACUGCGUGCAUCCAAAGCCAUGCUGGAGCCGCGGCAGGAAGAACGGAAUAAAUCUUCCAAUGCAGCUCUUCUGGCGAAGUCUCGGAAGAUAUCCUGAGUAAAAAUGUCCCCACACCAGAGUCAAGAUGGGAAAUCCGCUAGACAAAUCCAUAAGCUUUGGCUGUUUCGCAUGACAUUAGUGUAGUGCUGUUUGAGCUAGCUAAGCAGCAUUACAGAUCUAGCAUCUCAUGCUGAUUGGCGCAUUACAGAUUUCCAAUCCGCAUUAGAAAAUGCUUCUCAUGGGGCUCCGCAUGAGAAACAUUUUAAGCAUGCAGAGUAGCAUGACAACUAUGGUGUGGGUACGUUUUUACGCAGGAUAGAAGAUGCAGCGGCCGUUGAAAGGUUCCGGCGAAGCAGUGGAAGGCCUGUCGGAAGACGUGCCGCUACUCCUGUCCUCCUCCUCUGGCUCCCGAAACACCACGCCGCGGGGUACCGUCGCGGAAAUGGAGCAGGAGAUGGCGGGUUUGUUGAAAGCCAGCAACAAAUUCCUGUCCCGAGAGGCGCACGAGCAAGCCGCGGCUGGUCGGAGCAGGUCGCAGAUUCUGGACGCCGUGGGGGAGCAUAAGAUGGCGAUGAACAAUUUGAUGUUCUACGAGGAAAACAAUGAUGGGGAGCUUGUUGCAGGAAUGGAAAAUUAUGCAGAGGAUGAAAACAUCAAUGCAGAAGUAGAUGAUGAGAAUGAUGUUUUGGAUGUUCUCGAGGAAGAACAAGCCGCUGUGUUGGAGGUUCAACAAGAAGAGGAUGAACAAGCCAAAAAAAAUUAUCCCGAAGUUGUUGAGGACAAUAACCGGCGGCACCGUCUCGUUCUCUCCGUGUUGCCCAACCUCUGUCUCAACCCCUGGGACGCGGACAUGAGCUCCAAGCGGAUUACGUACGACCCCAGGAAGAACCCCGAUUUCCAAAUCGAGGUUCUCAACUUCGACUGGUCGCACGUCAACGCGCACAAACCGCGGCACGGGGGGAUGAAGAAGGACACGUCGCACGUGCACACAGGAUUCGGAGUGAAAAACAACAUCAGAAACAGCCACGUGAACGACAGCAACAGCCCGGCCUUCGCGCAAAACGCGUUGCUGCACAUUUUUCAGAAUGCGAAGAUCAUUCGGGAUUUGACGCAUUGGUUGAGGGUGUUUAAAACGUUUGGGGUGAAAAUCGAGCAAGCCACGGACAAAUUCACGGACCGGCUAAUCCUCCGGAACUUCAAGGUCCAGGCGAUGCUGGCCGGUGCGGAGAUGCGGGCCUUGGCGGAGAAGAUUAAGAAGUUCACAACCCUGUUCUCUGGUUAUUUGACAAACCUGAAUCGGACCGAAUUGAAUUUCUACGUGCUGGAUUCCCACGGGCUCACGAUGUACGCGGACAGCACAAAGAAGAUGCCCAUUGCCAGGUACCGCAUGUGCGACAUUCUGUCGAUCCGGGAGGUGAACGCGACAAAAAUGGAAAAGCGGUGCAGGUGGAUGAAACAGAAAAUCCACGAGGCGUUUGAAAGGCGGGUGUUUCGCGGGGAGAUCGAUUUACAACCUUUGCGGGAGUUACUGUCUUUGGAGCGUAGUAGAGAGGAAAAGGCGAGGAGCUCAAACACAGAAAACCAAAACAGCAAGAAAGUUGUCGGCGGGGAAACUACAUCUUCUGCAGUACUGUCAAAAUUGCUCCCGAUGCGAACUUUGAUCGAGGAAGUUUUGCAGUGGGAUGAGAAGCUCGCGCUAUUGCUCAAGGGGAAGCUGUCCCCCUCGAGUUUGCGGCUGCUGUCCCAUCUGCAGCUCGGGAAGCACUUUCUGAGCGGCAACUCCACUUUGGCGGAUCAGCAACACGGUCAAGAUGGAACAACGUCAAGUUCUGCACCGAAUUAUAAGUCUCUCCAGAACAAAAAGCAAGCGACGAUUCAGGCGGUUAUCACCGAGGGCACGGUGGGCGCGGGCGACCUGCACGCCGAUGGAGUGGUCCACAGGAUCCCUGACCAGCAGAGACUGGCCGGUUUCGCGGAGCAGCACAACUUCGGAUCCAAGAAGCUGGAGAAGAUUGGGGAUUUUGUCCGGAAAUCGGUCGAAACUUUUGACAAUUCGACCAAUAGCCUCUUCGCCACCCACAUGCACCACCACCGGAAAAUCGACCAAACGGUCCGGAAGCGUC